CAGAUGUAAAUAGUAGAGCAUGUGACAUCAAUAACAUUGUUUUUAAUUUUCCUCUGAUUGAUAAUAAUUUACUCUAAGAAAAAGUAAUAUGGAUUUGAAAGAAAAUAUAAAAGUCAGUAUAAAAGUUAUAUUCUUUACUACUAUUUUGAUAUACUUUUGCAAAAGUUCUUGUUCCCCAGUAAACAGUAGGGAAGAUGUAAUUUUGAAAACAACAACACCUAAAAGGUACAAUGAUAAAUUCAGGUUGAAAGUGGAAAAAGGAACAGUUCCUCUUCCAAAUCAGACCAACAACUUUAGAAAUUACAUGCACAGAAGUAGAUAUAAUGCAGAUGAAGUCCAACAUUUCAGUGAUGAGAAUGAAUACCCCUACCCACUGAACAGAGUGAAGUCAAUCACUCCAGGUGAAAAGACAAUGAUACCAAAGGAUGAUGACGAUGAUGAUGAUGACGAUGACGACGAUGAUGACGGUGGUGAAUAUGAGGGUUUUGAUGAUAGCAACGGCAACAAUGAAUUAUCAGGGAAGAAGAAAGAAUGCAAAGAAUCAGUACCAAUGAUGAUAAUACGUGAAGUAGAUAUGGUUGCUAUGCAGAUCCCUGUGCGAGAUAAGGAUAAACAACAGCAAGACCAAAAAGACAAGAAUGGACAGCAGUGGAGCGAGUGGUCGCCUUGCAGCAAACUUUGCGGUGACGGUCUCCAGAGCCGCUGGAGACUCCAGCCUUCCAGCCAGGACAAAGAGCAGCAGGUGAGGGUUUGCCAUGGGGCCGAUUGUCCUGGUGGGGACCCUCAACUCAGCUCCUCACUCAAUCAGCAGUACAGCAACAAGAUGGUGAUGAAUUGAGGCAAUACACCCUUCGGUUUAAUUUCUCUGCAUAUUUUGCAAUUAUCGGUGAAAAGUAAAUAAAUAACAAUUCAAUGAAUUACUCAGAAUAUUA